AUGGGGUCUUUCGCUCAAGCAGUGAAGAAAAACAAGAUAGGGGCGGUGGUUUUAUCAGUAUUUGACUGGUACCCCUCCCACUAUCCUGCAGAAGAGCGGAAACUGUUGCGGAAACUCGAUCUCGCCAUUUUGGUGUUUGGUAGUCUGUCUUUCUUUUGCAGAUUCCUCGGGCAGCAAAAUGUCACCAACGCCUAUGUCUCAGGCAUGCGUGAGGAUCUCGAUUCUCAUGGCAACGAGUUGAAUUACUAUGUCGUUGCUUACAACACCGCAUACGUCAUUGGACAGAUUCCGCUCAUGACUCUACAGACCAAGGCGAAAAUAGCGCCUUUCUUGCUACCUUCCCUCCAGAUUAUCUGGGCAGUCAUCGCCUUUUCUCAGUCUACAAUUAAGCAUAGCUGGCAUUUGUACAUCCUCCGCGCUGUCACAGGCUUUCUCGAAGCUUCCUCAUUCGGCGGCACUCAUCUCAUCUUGGGUAGCUGGUUCAAGAACGAGGAGCUCUUCAAACGAGCUGGGGUGUGGUUCAUGGGCAACUCCCUAGGCUCCAUGUUCUCCGGUUACCUGCAGGCUGCGGCGUAUCGAAACCUCAAUGGCGUCUUUGGGCGUGCGGGUUGGCGAUGGCUCUUCAUCGUUCAAGGGAUCAUCACCUUGCCCAUAUCCUUCUUAGGUUUUGCGUUCUGGCCUGGUCUGCCCACCUCUCCCAAGAGGUGGUACUUCUCCGCGGAGGAGCAUGCCCUUGCUGUUAAGCGGAUGCCGACCGUCGAGCAAGAAGGUAUUACAUGGAAGACGUUUAAGUAUACGCUCUCUAGACCGAUGUGGUGGAUUUGCGUUCCCUGCUACAUCUUUCUGUGUCAAGCACAUUACUGGACAGGUUAUAUGGCUUUGUGGCUAAAGGCAGCUGGCUACUCUGUUGAGUUGGUGAAUAUCUUGCCGACUUUCAUCGACCUUCUGCGCGCACUAUCGUCGUGGCUUGGAACCACGUUGGCGGGCUGCUUGAGUCUUAGAGGACUUUGGUCUUUUCAAGCUUCAUUUGUCCUAUUCUCAUGCAUCGUCCUGUCGAUGUGGAAUGUCCCCGACAUUCUCAAGUUCCUCGCAUUCUAUUUCGGAGGGUUUUCUGGAAUGGCAUCCCCGAUCUUGUAUUCCUGGUUGAACUCUACGCUCAAAGAAAAUUAUGGCGAAAGAGGACUCAUCAUCUCUUCAAUGAUGACUCUCGGAUUCUGUGGACAAAUUUGGAUCCCUCUCUUCACUUUCCCAACUGUGGAAGCACCACGCUAUCCCCACGGAUAUCCCGCAGCUACAGUAUUCGAAGUUGCAAUGUGGGGUUUCCUCAUGUUCGGCACCUGGUACAUGAAGAGAUGGAAGCAUAAGCACCCUGAUCUGGAGAUGAGGCUUGCGACCGAAGGAGCAGCCGGGGAAGGCUCUUCAGUCAUCGGAUCUGACUCCGAUAGACCCGAUGGUGAUGGUCCGGCUCCCCGGUACAUGGGCAAAGGGGAAGAGGUUGUGGCCACUCAACCUGUGAGCCAGAAAAGUUGAGACACAUUCCAGAGACAAGGAGUCAAAAGCGUGCAAUGAUUGUUUUAUAAACAACGCAGUGGCAGGGGAUUUGGCCGUGUUACUUGAUGGAGGUACGCAGGUGUAAAUCGAAGAUCUG